GGCUCCGCGUCGCCGAGCAAGUGACGCACUGCCUGCUGGACAUAUUCUUCUCCGCGUGCGACGCAACCUGUGAAUCAUUUUUCGUAGGGUGGCCCUGGCCAAUUGCGUGCCUCUUGCCGCUUUUUCCGCGUUUUCCGCUCUUCAUCGCUUUUGACCGCGAGAUUCGCUCUCGGUAGCUCUCCGAGCUUACCAAACUCGCCGCUGCUCGAGAACACCAGAAGAAUAAGAGACUUGUUUCUCUACCAUAAACAGUGUAUUUUCUCCGCAAUGUUACGAACAGUUGCACGAUCCGCAGCGCGCCAGAGCCGGUCUCUGAAACCAGCACACCGAACACCAAAGCUCCUGCGACCCCUCUCCACCACGAUGUGCCGUAUGUCGAGCUCGCCGCUCGCGCCGGUAGAUCCACCCGUCUCUUCAGCCCUCCCAGGCGACUCGUUCCAGCUGCUCCCGGAGGCGGCGAAGGCUGGCCAGGCGGAAGAUGCGCUCUUCGAAGAGCAGGUGCAGCAGGUCAAGGACUGGUGGGCAUCACCGCGAUACAAGGGUAUCAAGAGGCCAUACUCGGCCGAGGACGUCGUUAGCAAGAGGGGCACAUUGCAACAGACAUACCCCAGCUCGUUGAUGGCGCGGAAGCUCUUCAAUCUGUUCGAGGAACGAGCUGCGACGGGCGAGCCUGUCCACACAAUGGGCGCUAUUGAUCCCAUACAAAUGACCCAACAAGCGCCGAACCAGGAAGUCCUAUACAUUUCCGGCUGGGCAUGCUCCUCUGUAUUGACUACUACGCACGAGGUGUCUGCUGAUUUCGGCGAUUACCCAUACAACACCGUUCCGAACCAGGUGCAGCGACUCUUCAAGGCACAACAGCUCCAUGAUCGCAAAAACUGGGACAACAGGAGGAAGAUGACACCUGAGGAGAGAGCCAAGACACCAUAUCUCGACUACAUGCGCCCCAUCAUUGCAGACGGAGACACUGGCCAUGGCGGACUGUCAGCGGUCAUAAAACUCGCGAAGCUCUUUGCAGAGAACGGAGCCGCUGCUGUUCACUUCGAGGAUCAGCUUCACGGCGGCAAGAAGUGCGGUCAUUUGGCCGGAAAGGUGCUUGUACCAGUUGGCGACCACAUCAACCGCCUUGUAGCUGCACGUUUCCAAUGGGACAUGAUGGGCUGCGAGAAUCUCGUCAUCGCGCGAACAGACUCCGAGAGCGGCAAGCUAAUCUCGAGCGCGGUGGACGUACGAGACCACGAAUUCAUCAAAGGCGUGACAGAAGAUACGGAGCCCCUAUCAGAGACUUUGCAGAACAUGGAAGCUGCUGGUGCUCCCGGAAGCGAGAUCGAUGCGUAUGAGGCGGCCUGGGUCAAGAAGCACAAGCUCGUCACCUUCGACGAAGCCGUACAACAGCACCUCGCGAAGGAAGGGUCCCCCGCGGAUGCCUACCUUGAAGAAGUCAGGGCCAACCCUGACCUAUCGCUCCUCAAGCGUCGCCAAGUCGCAGCCAAGUACACCAAAUCACCCGUAUUCUUCAACUGGGACAUUCCCCGCACGCGCGAAGGCCAUUACCACUACAAGGCCGGCAUGGCCGCAGCCACCAAGCGCGCGAAGGAAUUCGCGCCCUACGCCGAUCUUCUGUGGGUCGAGACCGGAAGCCCCAACGUCGAGGACGCUGGGAAGUUUGCCGGCGAGAUUAGAGAGAAGUAUCCCGGCAAGAAAUUUGUGUACAACCUCUCCCCCAGCUUCAAUUGGCUCGGCCAGGGUUUCUCAGAAGAAUCGCUGAAGAGUUUCGUGUGGGAUCUCGCAAAGCAUGGGUUCGUUCUCCAGCUCAUCUCCCUCGCGGGCCUGCAUUCGACCGCAACAAUCACCUGCGAGCUCUCCCGCGCUUUCAAAGACCAGGGCAUGCUUGCCUACGUCAACCUCGUACAAGCGCGCGAAAAGGAGAUCGGCUGCGACGUACUCACGCAUCAAAAAUGGAGCGGAGCAGGAUACAUCGAUGGCAUUCUUGGCUCAAUACAGAGCGGUAGCAGUGGAAGCAGGAGUAUGGGCGAAGGAAACACAGAAUCUGGCUUCUAAUGUAUAUAUACCAUUUACACCAUCAGGAAUCAUUCAAAUCACUUCAAAUUUGACA